CCAUUUUUCUUCUCUUCUUAUUCUUCUUCUUGCUCUCCCUAUUUGUUACUGAAGAUGGAGAGUUACUACAAGUGUAGGUUUUGCUUUAAGAGCUUCUUCAACGGAAGAGCUUUAGGUGGUCACAUGAGAUCUCACAUGCCUAGUCUUCAUAAAUUUAGCAUUCAAGAAGAGGAAGGGGAAAGGGCGAGUCAAGUCAAUGAUGAGACAGAGUCAGAUGUUUCUUCGUCUUCGAUGAUGGAUGAUGAUGAUCCAAAGGUUGCUAACGAAAGCGAGACCGAGUCGUCGAGGAAUAUUACUAACCCGACACGUAAACGAUCCAAGCGAACUCGGAAACUGGAAACGUUCGCGACCAAGAAGACAAAGGCGAGUCAACUCGGUUACAAGACCGAGCCUGAGUGCGAGCCUCCUCACAGCUCAGCUUCUGAUACAACGACGGAUGAAGAUCUCGCCUUUUGUCUCAUGCUGCUCUCAAGAGACAAAUGGAUGAAGAAGAAGAACAAAGCUAGUAGGAACAAAGAAGUAGUUGAAGAGAUCGAGACAGAAGCAUCAGAAGGUUACACCAAAUCGAGCAAGAAAGGAAGAUUCACGUGCGAGACUUGUGGGAAAGUGUUUAAAUCUUAUCAAGCAUUAGGUGGGCACAGAGCAAGCCACAAGAAGAACAGAGUAUCAAACAAAACAGAGCAACGAAGCGAAACAGAGUAUCCAGAGAGGAUAAUCCAUGAAUGUCCGAUAUGUCUUAGGGUUUUUGCAUCGGGACAAGCACUUGGAGGUCACAAGAGAUCUCAUGGAAUUGGGAACUUGUCUGUAGAUCAUCAUCAUCAAGUACGAGUGGAGUCAGUGAAACAGAGGAUGAUAGAUCUUAAUCUUCCUGCACCAACCGAUGAAGAAGAAGUCUCUGUUGUGUUUCAGUAAAUGCUGAAUAAAGGUAACUAAUAACAGGCUUUGGUUGAUUCGGGUCGUCCAAAUUUUCGUAAAGUUUGCAUCUUUUUUUUUAUAAUAUUGUUGGGGUCGAAGUUGAACUAGAAAAAUGUUAUUUAAAAUGCAAAGGAGGCCACUUUUACAUGUUCUAACGCCAAUUCUUUUUUUCGUAUUGGCCUCACGUCGUGUUGCCUAACCAUAUCAAUCAAAGAACAAUCAAAUAAGCU